AUGUCCAUGGAGGGUGCCAUUAGCCAUGGAUUUGGUGAUUACAAAACAACAGUUAUAUCAGUUAGCCUUUCAAGCAGCUUACAGACUGAGGCAGAUACUGAAAAAUAUAGGGAUUUGCGAGCUCUUCUACAACUCCUUGCAAAUCUCUGUUCAAAGGAUCUGGUUGACUUCUCAUCAGAUUCCCUUGAGACCCAUGGCACAAAUAUUUCUCAGGUGGUGCACAUGGGUCUUCACAUGGUUAACCCUCUUAUAACUUUGGAGAUGCUGAAAUACCCUAAGCUUUGUCAUGAUGUGAGCUUUCUUUUCCAUUAG